AUGUUACUCUACUUGAGGCGAUUGCAAAAUAGGAAUUCGGUUUUUAAGCAGAUAUUCGAGAGUAAGAAUAUCAAGAACAGAAAGAUUGUGGUUGAUUAUUCAUCUCCUAAUAUCGCAAAGCAAUUUCAUGUUGGAAAUCUAAGGUACGAUGACAUAGUUUUUGUGAGGACAUAUUUUUUUUUCAGGUCGACCUUGGUAGGUAGCUUCUUUUGUCGGAUCAAUCGACUAGCUGGGAAUCAAGUGGUAUCAAUUAAUUACCUUGGGGACUGGGGUGCCCAAUUCGGUCUCCUGGCCGCUCAUUGGCCGGAGAGUGAAUUACGAGUCAAAUUCAACGAACUUCCACCAGAAGCCACGCUCUCCGCCAGAUUAGAACUUCUUCAGAAGGCCUAUGUUGAAGCCGUUCAGCGAGCCAAACAGGACCGUAAUUUCCAACGAGAAACAGCCGCCGUCUUACUGGGCGAGAUGGAAAAGGCACUGAUCGACAACGAUCGUCAGUCCCCCUCUUUAGCUCUGUGGUUUGCUAUUAGAAAACUUUCCCUCCAAUAUCUGGAAGAAUUUUACAACAAGUUGGGAAUCUCCUUCGACGUUUAUGAUGCCGAAUCAGAGCAUGUCGCUGCAGCCACGAAGCUGGUGGACCGACUAAUUACUGAAGGAAUUGUCACGCACACCGCGGAUGGACUCUGGGUGAUUCGAGAAAGCGGCGGACAUGGGUAUUCUGUGCUUAGGAAGUCAGAUGGGUCGACUUUGUAUUUGUCCAGGUGAAUCAUCUUCAGGGGUUAUUAACCUAAUUGUUUAGGGAACUAGCCGCAACAUUACAUCGAGAUGAAGUUCAUCAAGCCGAUGAAUAUGUCUACGUUGUCGAUCGGGCACAGUCCGGUCACUUCCAUCAUCUUCAGCAUCUUCUUGAAGUGGUUAAACGUGAAGACCUGGCCAAAAGGAUCACUCAUUUGGGAUUUGGAAGGGUUGUUGGAAUGUCAACAAGGUAUUUUGUAAUCGUUUCCCGUGGUAGUUAUUUGUUGUAGGCUUGGUAAAUGCGAGACUGUGGAACAAAUUCUGGUCGAUGGGGAUCACCAGGCUGUAAAAUUCUUACAGAAAUCACCUACUAUGAAAAUCUCUGAAGAAGAAUUGCCAAAAGUGGCCAGAGAGUUGGCAGAAACGGCAUUGUUUAUAAAUGACAUGAAAAGAAACAAGGCUCAAGAGUACACAUUCAACUUCAAAGAGAUCUUCAAGCAGAAAGGCAUGUUCGCGAUUCAGGUACUGUCACUUUUAUUUGAAUGAUUACGGAAGAUCGUAGGAGAAAUACUCACGUCUUACGUCAUUGAUCGAGAACAACGCAGAUCUGAUGAUUGAACUGGAAAGAGCGAAGGAAUCGGAAAGUUUGUGGAAUCAGACCAAAUUAGAUCCGGAGCAAAAUAUCCGUUUGUUGUGUCAAUGCCUCUACGAAUUGGAUGCUUCUCUCUUCUCGUGUUUCUCCAGCUCCGAGACCGCUCCAUUACUUGCUUAUUUGUCUAGACUAGCCAGUCGCAUUGGUCCGGCCAUGACAACAGCCCGAGUCAUGGACGAACAAGAUCGAAAGCUUGCCCUGGGGCGAUUAAUCGCCUUCGUGGCUUCUCGGAAUGUUCUCGAAGAAGGUCUAGAGUUAUUAGGACUGAAACCUCUGCCUCGUUUAUGA